AUGACGACCAAACAAGGAGACCGAGCGUCUCCUCAAGAACCGACAUUACAAGUCAACGAAUCCACUGCACAAAGCCCUCCACCCCCAGAGACCCCGACUGCCGUCCAAACGCGAUUUCGAGUGAUAGCUGCAUUCUGGGCAGUGAUUAUAUUCUUAGGAUUCCCAAUAUGGUGGAAGACAACGUCUAUUUACAGGGCGCAUCUCCCCGUCGAGGAGAUGGUGGACUGGGCCGAUGGAAAGGCAUGUCGACCAGUCUUCCCCUUGGAAAUUCACCUUGCCACACCUUCGAUGCAAUAUAUUGAGUCACAGCAUCUGCUUCGAACUACACAACAUACCCUCGAUGAUCUGAACGAGUUCGCGGCACACCACCUCCGCCUAAAGCUUGCCAACGACAGCGCAACUGUGUCACAUAAUGCCGACAAUGGUUUGGAAGGAGCCAUAAGUGCCGAAGGACAGGCGCCAGACACUGCAUUGACGGUUCGUCUGCUGGCCGAAGAGGGUCUUGCAGCCCCUCGGUCUGAGCUUCAUGCAGCCACGACGCAGCUUGAUGUAUUCUAUCCUCCGAGCCAGGUCCCCGUGCCCUCCUCUUCGAACUCGCCGCUUUCUGCAUUCAUUGCGGAAGAGCUGCAGCGAUUGUAUGGCGAGGAGAAGGCUACGAUAGCACACAUUCUGUCCGGACACACUGGCGGCCUUGACUCGACGUCUCCACCACUCGCCGAGAGUAUCAGUCGCAGACUGCGCAGAUCGAUGAAAUAUGCCGAGACAUAUCAUCUUUCCUUCUCUCUCUUUACUCCGGGAUCCGAGCCAUCGUCUUGGGACAUUGAGGCUGCGGUGAAGGUGUACCUUACUCCACUCCUGCAGGCAUUUGAGCCCAUCAGCAACUUUACGGUCGACACGCAGGUGCAGCUGUAUGCAAACUUUGCACCUACUGCGCCGCGUCCCGUAUAUGACGAGGCAGAGGCUGCAUGGACACUCCAAAAGGAGGACCUCAGCGCCUUCGUCAACGCUGCCGAGUGGCCCCUCAACCCAAGCAUCGGCAAUGGACCUACAAUCAACUUCAUUCUCUACGUCCCAGACCCAUCCCAGUCCCCCUUGGUUGUCAAGGAAAACCGAGCUUCAAGUUGGAUUGUUCCCCAAUGGGGUGGAGUAUAUCUCCUCAACCCGGCCCUUGCCAAUUCCGAGCAGGGUCAGUCCAAUCCCGCCCAUCUUUCUCAUGAUUCUCUGGGUCCUGCGUUUAUGACAUUCUCUCACCAACUCCUCACUCUUCUUGGUACGCCAAGCACGCCGGCAUCCCUUCCCCUCCGUCUUCAGACCUCCAUUCGUAUCCGCGCAGCCACCCUCCUUCUCUCCGCAUCAUCUACAAUGGGUUCUCUGGCCCGUCUCACCGAAUCUCUUCCCUCAAUCCCUAUCCCAGCCAGUGUCGCCUCUUCUGUUUCUACCACACUCUCCCACCUAGGUGCUACCUGCUCUCACUUGCGAGAGGGCCGCUUCGGUGCUGCGCUUGCCAGUGCCCGUGUUGCCGAGACAGAAGCUGAGCGUAGCUUCUUUGAGAAGAGUAUGGUUGGUCAGGUCUACUUCCCUGAUGAGCACAAGGUCGCUGUUUACCUGCCUCUGUUGGGUCCUAUUGGUGUGCCCCUUGUAGUCAGCUUGAUUAAGGAGCUCAAGAGGAUUACAGCUGCCCGUAAAGCGAGGAAAGCAGCAGCGGCGGCUUAG